UCCAACGCACACACCAACAGAGCAACAACCAACAAAGAACAGAGCACCAUAUCAACUAGCCGUAGCCACACAGAGAGAUCGAUCGAUCGAAGAGCAUUGGCUUUAGCCAUCGCCUAGCACAGCACACCACCGCACCACCAAGAACACGUCCAUACGCACGCAUGGCGCGCUGGGCCAUCGCCAUCCACGGCGGCGCGGGCGUGGACCCCAACCUGCCGGAGCACCGCCAGGAGGAGGCCAAGCGCGUGCUGGCGCGGUGCCUGCAGGUUGGCGUGGACCUGCUACGGGCUGGUGCGACGGCGCUGGACGUCGUGGAGGCCGUGGUGCGCGAGCUGGAGACGGACCCCUGCUUCAACUCCGGUCGCGGCUCCGCGCUCACCCGCGCCGGUACUGUGGAGAUGGAGGCCAGCAUCAUGGACGGCCGCGGCCGCCGCUGCGGCGCUGUGUCCGGCGUGUCGACGGUCCGCAACCCCGUGUCCCUGGCCCGGCGCGUCAUGGACAAGUCCCCUCACUCCUACCUCGCCUUCGACGGCGCCGAGGAUUUCGCGCGCGAGCAGGGUCUUGAGGUUGUGGACAACAGCUACUUCAUCACGGAGGAGAACGUGGGAAUGCUCAAGCUCGCCAAGGAGGCCAACAGCAUCCUCUUCGACUACCGCAUCCCGCUGGCCGGCGCUGACACCUGCAGCGCCCAGGCAGCGGCGGUGGAGAGCCACGGCAGCAACGGCAUGGUGAUGAACGGGCUGCCCAUCAGCAUCUACGCGCCGGAGACGGUGGGGUGCGCGGUGGUGGACUCUAACGGCUUCACGGCGGCGGCCACCUCGACCGGUGGUCUGAUGAACAAGAUGACGGGUCGCAUCGGCGACUCGCCGCUCAUCGGCGCCGGCACCUACGCGUGUGGGCACUGCGCCGUGUCGUGCACCGGCGAGGGCGAGGCCAUCAUCCGCUCCACGCUGGCGCGGGACGUGGCCGCCGUCAUGGAGUACAAGGGGCUGCCUCUGCAGGAGGCCGUAGACUUCUGCGUCAAGGAGCGGCUCGAUGAGGGGUUUGCGGGGCUCAUCGCCGUGUCCGGCACCGGCGAGGUGGCCUACGGGUUCAACUGCACCGGCAUGUUCAGGGGCUGCGCCACCGAGGACGGUUUCAUGGAGGUCGGCAUCUGGGAGUGAGCUGAACCGGAGAUGUGUCCGCAUGUAGUGUGUGUACAUACAUUUGGCCAUCCAGCGGUUGCUAUCUGGUUCUAGUCUAGGAAUCCUCGGUUAUUAGCUGGUUACUUCAUAACCAUGAGCUACCGGAUAAUAAAUAUGUGACCGCCUGUGCACCAGGUGUCUGAAAAUAAGUAACAUGAGUCACUGCAAUUCUAGACCGUC